GGCCGGCUAGCGGCCGCGGCCGCUGAGGGAUGGCUGGUGCGGGUAGGGAAGGGGAGACGCCGGCGCUGCGGGCGGUGCGAAGGUGCCUGGUGGCGUUCCCGGCGGAGGCCCGGGAGUUGGGACUGACGGAAUCUGUGCCAUACCUAGACAGCCUUCUGUCUCCGCUGGAAUUUUAUCGGGAAUGGGUGUGUCCAAACAAGCCAUGUGUAAUUCGAAAUGCCUUCAGUCACUGGCCAGCUCUGAAGAAGUGGACAUUAACUUAUCUCAGGAAGGUAGCAGGCUCCAAGAUGGUGAGUGUGGCAGUGACACCAAAUGGUUAUGCCGAUGCUGUUUAUCAGGACCGGUUUGUCAUGCCAGAGGAGCGGCACAUGCUUUUCAGCAACUUCCUGGACAUUGUGGAGAAGAAGGUGAUCUCCCCAAGUGUGUUCUAUGUGCAGAAACAGUGUUCAAACCUGAUUGAGGAGUUCCCUGAACUUUUAGGUGAUGUGGAGCCUGAAAUACCGUGGAUGAGUGAGGCACUUGGAAAGAAGCCCGAUGCUGUGAAUUUCUGGCUUGGCGAGUCUGCUGCUGUGACAUCCUUGCAUAAAGAUCACUACGAGAACUUGUACUGUGUGAUUUCUGGCGAGAAACAUUUUCUACUGCAUCCACCAAGUGACCGCCCCUUCAUCCCCUACGAACUCUACCUACCUGCAACGUAUUGCAUAUCAGAAGAUGGUUCGUUUCAGGUUGUGGAUAAGAAGGCUGCAGACAAGGUGCCAUGGAUUCCGCUGGAUCCUUUAAAUCCAGAUCUUGAACAAUACCCAGAAUAUGCCCAGGCAAGGCCUUUGCAGUGCACAGUGAAAGCUGGUGAGAUGUUGUACCUCCCUUCCCUCUGGUUUCAUCAUGUUCAGCAGUCACAUGGUUGUAUAGCAGUGAAUUAUUGGUAUGACAUGGAAUAUGACCUGAAGUACAGCUACUAUCAACUUCUAGAUUCUCUCACAAAAGCUGUGGCACUGGUGUAGCUGAGACUUGAGACCCAGUCAUAAACCGUUCUGAUGUGACUGAAUUAUAUGCAUCUGCCUGGAGUACAAAUAUGCUUGAGUCAGAAGAACUAAAUAUUAAAUUAUCCUCAACAAAUGUCUGUUGGAGGAUAUUUGUCUUGCUUGCCUUUGGAGAGGGUAUCAUGCAGCCGUUCAGUGAAAUUCCAGGCCAAAUGGCUAUCUUUUUUGGCUUGACAGGGGAGGACAGCAUUUUGAAGCCUUCAUGCUUGGCCUCCGAUGCCUCAAGGGAGGCAGAAUUUUAGUGGAGCCACUGCAGGUUUUGGAAACCUCAAAUAUUUAAACCGUGUGUGUUCCUUUCCCUUUGCUAGACUCUUUAGAGCAGUGGUUUUCAAACCAUGGGUCGCAGCCCAGUACUGGGUCACGGAAUGUCACGGUGGCUCUGAUGAGCACCACUGACCGGGCUGUUAAAAGUCCCAUUGGAGGUGCUGCCCAGCUAAGGCAGGCUAGUCCCUAC